AUGGCUCACGCUCAUGGCCACUAUGAGGAGCUGCUGCCGGCGAAGUCUCCUCCACAGCUGGCCCUAGUGCUCUCUGUCCUGCUUGUCUGUCCUCUUCUCGUCCUCCUCGUGCGCCGCCUCUUUGGAACGACGGCGCUGUCGACGGCCACCGCAAGAGCCAGAGAACAGCUGCUGAGCAAGCUGCCUUCGCCUCCAAGCAGGCUCCCCAUCAUCGGCCACCUGCACCUCGUCGGACCCCUACCGCACAUCUCUCUCCGUGACCUCUCUGCCAAGCAUGGCCGUGAUGGCCUCAUGCUCCUCCACCUCGGUGCCGUCCCUACGCUCAUCGUCUCCUCGCCGAGCGCCGCGCAGGCCGUGCUCCGCACACAAGACCACAUCUUCGCGUCCAGGGCCUACUCCCCCGUCACCGACAUCCUCUUCUAUGGCUCCACGGACGUCGCCUUCUCCCCGUAUUGUGAGCACUGGCGCCAGGUCAAGAAGAUUGCCACCACGCACCUCCUCACCAACAAGAAGGUCCGGUCCUACCGCCAUGCACGCGAGCAUGAGGUGAGGUUGGUGGUGGCUAAGAUCCGCGAGGCGGCCACCGCAGGCACCGUUGUCGACCUGAGUGAACUGCUCAACUCUUUCGCCAACGACAUCGUGUGUCACGCUGUGUCUGGCAAGUUCUUCAGACAGGAAGGCCGGAAUAAACUUUUCCGGGAGCUCGUCGAGGCCAACUCGUCUCUCAUCGGGGGAUUCAACAUAGAGGACUACUUCCCAGUGCUGGUGAAGCUAGACAUCAUCAAGAGGAUGGUGUGUGCAAAGGCACAAAAGGUGAACAAGAUGUGGGACGACUUGCUCAAUACGCUCAUCGAUGACCAUGCAAGCAGGCCAGCGUCAGAACGUGACGGGGAGGAGAGUGACUUCAUCGAUGUCUUGCUCUCCCUUCAACAAGAGUACAACCUCAGGAGAGAUCAUAUUAAGGCGCAGCUGGUGGUCAUGUUUGAAGCUGGCACAGAUACAUCAUUCAUAGUGCUUGAAUAUGUGAUGGCUCAGCUCAUGCAAAACCCCUGCGUCAUGAACAAGCUACAAGCAGAGGUGAGAAGCACUAUAGCGAAGGGAAAAGAGAUAGUAACUGAAGACGAGCUUAACAGUUUAGUCUACCUAAAGGCAGUCAUCAAAGAGACACUCCGACUCCAUAUGCCAGCGCCCCUUCUUGUGCCCCACCUCUCCAUGGCCGAUUGCAACAUAGAAGGAUACACGAUACCAUCGGGAACACGUGCCAUUGUUAAUAGCUGGGCUCUUGCAAGGGAUCCUAGCUAUUGGGAGAAAGCGGAAGAGUUCAUGCCUGAGCGGUUCAUGGAAGGAGGUAGCGCCGCAGCUAUGGACAAUAAAGGAAACGAUUUCCAAUACUUGCCAUUUGGGGCAGGACGAAGGAUAUGCCCGGGUAUAAACUUUGCAAGUUCAACUAUCGAAGUCAUGCUCGCAAACCUUGUCUACCACUUCAAUUGGGAGCUACCUGUGGAAUUAGCGAAGAAAGGCAUUGAUAUGACUGAAUCAUUUGGGGUGACAGUGCAUCGUACAGAGAAACUCCUCCUUGUACCUAUUGAGAUGGGCAUUAGUCUGUAG